AUGAGUACUAGGCUCGCGAAGAUAGAAAAUCAAAAUAAUCGACAAGUUACCUUCUCAAAACGUCGAAAUGGCGUCUUCAAAAAAGCUAAUGAGCUUGUUGUUAUGACUGGUGCUGAAGUUGGCCUCAUCGUGUUUUCACCAGCUAACAAGUCUUACUCUUUUGGUCAUCCAAAUAUAAAUGAGACCAUCAACAAAUAUGUUGGCGAAGAAAAGCCUUCAUCGCCAUCAUCACCGGGCAUUGAUAAGUAUGUCGAGAUGUUCCGAAAAGCCAACUCUAGAGAACUUAAUACACGGCUCAAUUAUUUGCAAGACCAGCUGGAAUUUGCAUUAAACUUGAAAAGCAAACUCAAAGAAAUAAAUAAGAAUGUGGAGAGCCAACAAGAAUGGUUCAGGGAUCCUAUAGAGAAAAUGAACUACACCGAGGCUUCAAUGUUGAAGGAGAGAUUAGAAGAUCUUCUCUUGAAGGUGAAGAGUUAUGGUACUGAACGCGGGUAUAGCUACGAAAAUGGAAGGUGGAAGCAUGAAUAA